GAUUUGGAAUUUUAUUCUUGGCAGGAUUAGAACAAGCACCACAUACAAAUCGAUGGAGAUUUAGAUUUAUGUCAUUAAAUGAAGAAAAAGAAUUAUGCGACUCGGCAUUUUUAGCAGUUCAUGAGCAAUAUAAAAAUAAAAUUUUAGGGGAUAAUAGGAUUGAAACUAUUUUUGUAAGACAUGUUAUGAAUAAUUUGCUUAAAGGAUUAAAUGAUGAUUUGAUGACAUUGAAAAACAUAUAA